GUGUGUGGGGGAGGAAAGACCGGACGUGAACACUACGGCUGAAACAUUAAAGCAGCAAGACAAAAGAGAAUCUCUGGUUCCUGUUUCCUCCGCCUCGAGGCAUGCUGCUCGAUUCCCGCUCUAACUGAUGCUCACAGAGAGAUAGUGUGAGAGAGCCAGAGUGCGAGGGAUAGAGAGAGCGAUAGAGAGGUGGAGGAGAGAAGUGAGAGAGCGCUGAGAGCGGGAGUGGGAGCAGAGCAGGGUGUGAGCGAGAGAGAGAGCACGAGAACCAGAGAGAACGCGCACAUGAAGGACAGGAGGCUGAGAGAAGGGGGUUGUUUUAUGUGUGCUGCUCAUGUGCAUGACUGAGGAGCCUUCCUGCCUGGAUCGUUAGUCAUCUCCAGCCCCAGAGCUGGGCUAUGUGCUCCAUAGGCUGUACUGACUGAGGAACACAGGGACAGACAGACAGGGAGAGGCUGGGGGACUUUGAGAUCUCUGUGCAGAGGAUGCGCUGGCUGCGUGGGCUCUGUCGCCGUGAUCGCUGUAGCCAGACCCCUCAGCUGCCUCUGCCUCGCUCGGCUGCUAUAGCAGGCCCCCCCUUAGCCCAGCACUCGGAGGACAGCAGCAGUCAGUGGUAGAGAGAUGAGCUCCAAGCACUCUUCCGACUGGAUCCCCUACAGUACAUUGGACGAUGAGGGCAGCAACCUCCGCCAACAGAAGCUAGACAGACAGCGAGCUCUCCUAGAGCAGAAGCAGAAGAAGAAGAGGCAGGAGCCUCUGAUGGUGCAGUCCAAUGUGGACGGGCGGUCUCGCGCCCGCAGGACCAAGCAGUGUGAGGAGCAGGCUCCCCUGGUAGAGUCUUACCUCAGCAGCAACAGGAGCACCAUCUACCACGUGCAAGAAGCUGAACAUGAGGAGGUGAAGGGGGUAGUGGACGCCCAGGCUCCUCGCUCAGCCAAAAAGGGCAAGGCAUCGACCAGCUCCACCCCGCAGACAGGCAGCGGCAAGAAGGAGAGGAAGGGGAAGCACAAAGGACUCGAUGGGCCGGCGUCCUUCCAGGAAGAGGGCCAGAUCCAGAUCAUGACGGUGGGUCAUUGGGCCAUGGAGGAGGGGAGUGAGGGAGACGCUGUGAUCAGCGCUCAGCCACAGGGCAAGCAGGACCUGAGGGUCACCAUGCUUAAGAAAGGUAUUUCUAGUAGUAUGAACUUUGACGAAGAGGAGGAUGACGAGGAUGAAGUCAGUUCCAGUUCCUCCCAGCUCAACAGUAACACACGGCCAGGCUCUGCCACCAGCAAGAAGUCCUGCAAGGAGGCAGCCUCAGCGUCCACCCCUCCCGUCAGUGAGCCGGCCAUUGACGUGGACGACCUGGAGGAGUUCACCCUGAGACCAGCCCCUCAGGGGAUCACGGUGAAGUGCAGGAUCACCAGAGACAAGAAGGGCAUGGACCGAGGCAUGUACCCUACCUACUACCUCCACCUGGAGAGGGAGGAUGGGAAGAAGGUGUUCCUGUUAGCUGGAAGGAAGAGAAAGAAGAGCAAAACAUCUAAUUACCUCAUCUCCAUGGAUCCCACUGAUCUGUCUCGUGGAGGGGAGAGUUUCAUCGGGAAGCUGAGGUCAGUGAAUCUGCUGCUGUUUCUUCUGACCACAGGGCUGCAGCUGCCAUUUUCACAAUAA